GGGUACGGCAUUUGAAAAAUUAAAAUUAAAAUUAAGAACUUCAGGUCCUAUAUAAAACACACGCACUGCUAUCUGUCUGUCUCUCCCUCUAUCUCUCUCACACACACUCUUUCUUUGAAGCUAAGCAGAAAAUGGGGACAGAAGACAACACACCACCAUCUCUGAGCUCACCAUUGAUCGAAGUCUGUGAAGAAGAUGAUGCAGUUAAGGAGAUUGAAAAACACGAGGGAAGCCAUGGAAGGGGUUUUAAGAGAAAUGAAAUUGUUGAAGAAGUAAAGAAGCAGUUAUGGCUAGCAGGGCCUCUUAUAUGUGUGAGUCUGUUACAGUACUCUGUACAGAUAAUAGCUGUUAUGUUUGUAGGUCAUCUUGGUGAAUUGUCUCUCUCUGGUGCUUCCAUGGCCCUUUCCUUCUCAUCCGUCACCGGUUUCAGCUUGCUAAUGGGAAUGUCAAGUGCACUGGAUACAUUAUGUGGACAAUGCUAUGGUGCAAAGCAGUAUCAUAUGAUGGGCAUACACAUGCAGAGAGCCAUGCUUGUUCUUUCAAUUGUUUGCAUACCCCUUGCUAUCAUUUCCGCAAACACAAGAAUCAUUCUAACAGCUCUUGGCCAAGAUGCUGCCAUAGCAGCACAAGCCGGACAAUUUGCCCGUUUCCUGAUCCCUUCCCUUUUUGCAUAUGGACUUCUUCAGUGCCUUGUGAGGUUCUUACAAACUCAAAACAUUGUGUUCCCAAUGAUGCUGAGCUCUGCCAUUACAGCUUUGCUGCACAUCCCUCUCUGUUGGAUUCUUGUGUUUACAUCUGGACUUGGAAGCAGGGGAGCUGCCUUGGCAGUUUCAAUCUCUUUUUGGAUCAAUGUGCUAUUAUUGGCACUUUAUGUCAGGUUCUCUUCAUUAUGUUCCAAAACUUGGACAGGCUUCUCGAAGGAGGCAUUUCACAACAUUAUUCCAUUUGUUAGACUCGCUAUUCCUUCAGCUGUGAUGGUCUGCUUGGAAAUGUGGUCCUUUGAACUGAUUGUUCUUCUAUCUGGUCUUCUUCCAAACCCAAAGUUGGAAACCUCAGUGCUUUCUAUCAGCCUAAAUACAGCGGCAAUGGUUUGGAUGAUCCCAUUUGGACUCAGUUCUGCUGUCAGCACUCGCGUCUCAAAUGAAUUAGGAGCAGGGCGUCCAGAAACCGCACGUUUAGCAGUGUGUGUUGUCUUAGUCAUGGCCAUUACUGUGGGUUUAUUGGUGGGAUCAGUCUUGAUACUGAUACGCAACUUCUGGGGCUAUGCUUAUAGCAAUGAAACACAAGUGGUCAAAUAUCUAGCAACCAUGAUGCCAAUACUUGCAACAUCCAACUUCUUAGACGGUCUCCAGUGUGUUCUUUCAGGCACUGCUAGAGGAUGUGGCUGGCAGAAGAUUGGAGCAUAUAUUAAUCUUGGGUCGUAUUAUUUAGUUGGAAUUCCACUGGCUAUUGUAUUUUCUUUUGUCAUUCACAUCGGUGGAAAGGGGCUCUGGCUCGGGAUCAUAUGUGCAUUGAUUGUGCAAGUGUUAUCACUUCUUACCGUAACCAUACGCACCAACUGGGAGAAAGAGGCAAAAAAAGCUACAGAAAGAGUAUAUGACACAACUGUUCCCGUGGACGUAGUGUCAUGAAGCUGGAUUAUAUAUUAUCUACAACAGGCUUCACUUACACUUGACGAUAACGAGUCACGAACACACCACAGAAAAUCUUGACAGUGUCAGCAGCAGCACUGGUGCAACUACAUAUGCUUGGCACAAUACUCAAGCUAUAUCUUGAGCAUUACCAUUCUUAGUGGAUGCUGAGGCUUGAAGAUGCAACUCAAUAAUAAGUUAGCCUAUCCCAGUUUUGGUGUUAUUUGGGAAAUUCUUCUGAAAAUCUAGCAGAGAUGUCUUUUCCCUUUGGAUGCUAUGACAAUUUUACAAAUGCUUGAAACAUGUAAACUUUAACUAGGAAGAAUAAAUCCUAUGGAUGGAGAUGGAUCAUUCAAUGAAAAAUGUAUCAUCCUUCUUCUUUUCCGCCCUUUUUA